GUAAGGCGAAGAUCUACCUUUCUCAAGCUUGGACACAGUGCACUGAUGCGCAAGGCUUUAAAGAAGGAGCAACAAAUUCGUGAUGAUAUGAUCCGCUCCUUAAUGCCGGCUCAAGUUGCUCAGGAAGUGAUGAAGGAUAUUGGCAACGACGAGAGCACUGGUGCUCAUAAAGAGCGGGACAAUGGAGAUAGCGGAGGUGCAGCAGGUAGCUCCAAUGGGGCUGGGGUAGGGGAGGAGUCCACUAAAGAGAUGACCUCUUUAAAAUUGCGCCGGUUCCUUCCAUGUUAUUCCAAAGAAGUGUCCUCAGGCCGAAUGGAGCAUAAACGGAGGACACACAAGUCUAGUCUGACUAGUGAAGAUGAUGAUGAUGUCUGUUAUAUGCCUACAGAUAAACAGCAGCAAAUAUGCUCCACUGGAGCCAGACGACGCAGUAGUACUCCUUGUAAGGAUGAACCUGUUGGAGGUGAGAUCUCAUAA